AUGGCGGCCACCACCACCAACAAACCCAUUCAAUCAAAAUCAUCAUCAUUCGUUUACCUCCAAAACCCCGACGAGCUCCAAAAAGUCUUCAGCCAAUUCGACACAAACGGCGACGGCAAGAUCUCCGUUUCCGAACUCGGCGACGUUCUCAAAGCCCUAGGCACUACCGUUGCCUCCAAAGACCUAACUCAACUCAUGGAAGAUCUCGAUUCAGACCACGACAAAUCCUCUCAAUCUGUUUUGCACCAGCAACCUAUAGUCAUCAAUGAUUCUAGUUGGCAGGCUCCUAUAAGGAGUUGGAUCAAAUUCAACUGUGAUGUUACUGUUGGGAGAGAUUCUAUGAUGUUGGCGGUUGUGGCCAAAAACUCUGAUUCUGAUGUGGUUUGGGUUGAGACUAAGAGCCACGUUUUUUGA